CCAUCUUUCCCCUCCGCCGCCAUGGGCCCCGCGGCCCUACGCGCCCUCCCCUGGGCCCUGCUGCUGCUGGGGCCGCUGCUGGCCUCCGAGCCCCCCCAGGAACAACGACCCCCGCAACCGGGGGAUAUGAUGGCGGGGGGUUUCCCCCCCGCCCCCCCCGCCUCCGCCCAGGAGAUUCAUCCCCUCAACAAGCAGGGGGCCAACGGCUCGGGCGAGGGGCACACCAAGCCCCGCAAAGCCUUCCCCGUCCUGGGCAUCGACUACGAGCACGUCCGCAUCCCCUUCGAGAUCUCCCUCUGGAUCCUGCUGGCCUGUCUCAUGAAGCUGGGCUUCCACGUGAUCCCUUCGGUAUCCAACAUCGUUCCCGAGAGCUGCCUGCUCAUCGUGGUGGGCCUCUUGGUUGGAGGGCUCAUCAAAGGGGUGGGUGAAAAGCCCCCCAUCCUCAAGUCGGACAUCUUCUUCCUCUUCCUCCUCCCACCCAUCAUCUUGGAUGCCGGCUAUUUCCUCCCCUUGCGCCAAUUCACCGAGAACCUGGGCACCAUCCUCAUCUUCGCCGUGGUGGGGACGCUCUGGAAUGCCUUCUUCUUGGGUGGCCUGAUGUACGCCGUGUGCCAACUUGGUGGCCCCGGCCUGAACCACAUUGGCCUCUUGGCCAACCUGCUCUUCGGCAGCAUCAUCUCGGCCGUGGACCCGGUGGCCGUGCUGGCCGUCUUUGAGGAGAUCCACAUCAACGAGCUGCUCCACAUCUUGGUCUUUGGGGAGUCCCUGCUGAAUGACGCCGUCACGGUCGUCCUCUACCACCUCUUUGAGGAGUUCGCCAACUUCGAGCAGGUGACCAUCAUCGAUAUCAUCCUCGGCUUCCUCAGCUUCUUCGUGGUGUCGCUGGGCGGUGUCUUCGUGGGCGUCAUCUACGGGGUGAUCGCUGCCUUCACCUCCCGCUUCACCUCCCACAUCCGAGUCAUCGAGCCCCUCUUCGUCUUCCUCUACAGCUACAUGGCGUAUCUCUCUGCCGAGCUCUUCCACCUCUCCGGCAUCAUGGCGCUCAUCGCCUCCGGCGUGGUCAUGCGACCCUACGUGGAAGCCAACAUCUCCCACAAGUCCCACACCACCAUCAAGUAUUUCCUUAAGAUGUGGAGCAGCGUGAGCGAGACCCUCAUCUUCAUCUUCCUGGGUGUCUCCACCGUGGCUGGCCACCACUACUGGAACUGGACCUUCGUCAUCAGCACGCUGCUCUUCUGCCUCAUCGCGAGAGUAUUAGGUGUCCUGGUCCUCACCUGGUUCAUCAACAAGUUCCGAAUUGUGAAGCUGACGCCGAAGGACCAGUUCAUCAUCGCCUACGGGGGCCUGCGGGGAGCCAUCGCCUUCUCCCUCUGCUACCUCCUGGACUAUAAGCAUUUCGGCAUGAGGGACAUGUUCCUCACAGCCAUCAUCACAGUCAUCUUCUUCACAGUCUUCGUGCAGGGCAUGACCAUCCGGCCCUUGGUGGACCUGCUGGCCGUGAAGAAGAAGCAAGAGACAAAACGCUCCAUCAACGAAGAGAUCCACACGCAGUUCUUGGAUCACCUUCUGACAGGGAUCGAGGAUAUCUGUGGUCACUACGGGCAUCACCACUGGAAGGACAAGCUGAAUCGUUUCAACAAGAAGUAUGUGAAGAAGUGCCUGAUUGCAGGGGAGCGCUCCAAGGAGCCCCAGCUCAUCGCUUUCUAUCACAAGAUGGAGAUGAAGCAGGCGAUCGAGCUGGUGGAGAGCGGGGGCAUCGGCAAGAUCCCCUCUGCUGUCUCCACCGUCUCCAUGCAGAACAUCAACCCCAAGACCAUCCCUGUGGCUCGCAUCCUUCCAGCCCUUUCCAAGGACAAGGAGGAGGAGAUCCGGAAAAUCCUUCGCAACAACCUGCAGAAAACCAGGCAGAGGUUGCGAUCCUACAACCGGCACACGCUUGUGGCCGACCCCUACGAGGAAGCCUGGAACCAGAUGCUCCUGCGGAGGCAGAAGGCCCGGCAGCUGGAACAGAAGAUGAACAACUACCUGACGGUGCCGGCUCACAAGCUGGAUUCACCCACCAUGUGUCGGGCUCGCAUCGGCUCAGACCCCCUGGCCUACGAACCCAAGGCGGACUCGGAGAACCUGCCCAUCAUCACCAUCGACCCGGCCUCCCCGCAGUCCCCGGAGUCCGUGGACCUGAUGAACGAGGAGCCCAAGGGCUGCGGGGGCCUCCCGCCAUCGCCCGAGGAGGACGAGGAGGGGCUGGUGAUGAGGGCCAAGGAGCCUUCCUCCCCGGGUACCGACGACGUCUUCACCCCGGGGACCAGCGACAGCCCCAGCAACCAGCGGAUGCUGCGAUGCCUGAGCGACCCGGGGCCUCGGCCGGAGCCGGAGGAGGGGGAGCCCUUCAUCCCCAAGGGGCAGUAGCACCCGGUGCCCGAAGCCUCACCCCACGUUUCCUACAGUUUCUCUCUCUCUCUUCGUCCGUUGUUCUUUUCUUUGCUCUCCUCUUUGGUUUCUUCUCUCACUACACACCGGGUUCAGGAAGGGGAGACCGUCCUGGAUGGACUGGGAUCGCCAGGACAGCUCUGCCCAGCCAAACCCUGGGCUGGUCCCGAGGUUGAGGGGGGUGGGGGAAGGAGCCCCCCCUGCCCUGGGAUGCACCGAGCUCCUCGGCCACCGUGGCCUGGGGGUGACAGACGAUUUAUGGCCCAGGACUGGGAUUUGCAGGUGCCUCACAGCCCCGACGGGGCUUUCCCAGAGGUUGCCCACCUGCUCAGGGCCUGCGAGUGGCUCCUCGGGGUGGCUGCGGCCUGUGCAGGGUGGGCUGUGGUUGGGGGGCUAUAGUGGGGGUAAGGGGGGCACAGAGGCUGCCCCCCAGCACAGCUUUGCCUCUUUUCGGCUCACUCUGGAGCAGAGGGAUGGGAAGAUGGGAGCCAGACAAUGCUGGGGUUGGUGGCACCCACCACCUCACCCCACACCUCGCCAGGGACCUCGGGCUCGUGCCACGGGCUCCCUGCCUUGGCCACUACCCACGUGGGGCUGGUGGCCACCCAGGAACCUCUCCCCCAGCCCUGCAUUUCACGCCAGGUCUUGUUAAAUAAAUAUCCUAUAGCCAUGCAAGGGGAUGGGGAGCCGGGUCCCCCCUCUUCGCUUUGAGUGGCCCCGCAAGCCCGGGUCUCUCUGUCCCUCCUGGAACCUGCUACCUGUCACCCGUCCCCAUGGGGACCCUCUGCCAGCCUCGGCCCCUCACCCCGUGCCUGCCCCAUAACCAAAGACGGCGUCUGAGCUCCCUGGGCACGGGGAUGGGGCACGCAGGGGGGGUGUUUGCUAUGUGGGGGGCAUUAUUUUUCUCUCCCUGCCGCCAAGAGGAGCUGGGGAAGAGCUGGGGGACACCUCACCCAGCGUGGGGACGCGAUGGGGCCGGGAGGUUGGCAGGAGGGGGAUAGUCUCCCCCCUUGAAGGGGACAUCUGGGGGUGUCCUGAGCUGGGAAGGACCCAUCUUUCCCCAAGGCUUGGCUGGGGGGGGGUGGAAAUGCUAGGUGUUUGGGUGAUUUAAAGCCCUUCCCAUGCUCCAGGUGUCACUUUGUCCCUCAUGUGCCACCCAGCUCUCACCACGUGCCACCCUUGGCCAUGGGGGCUGCCUCUCCCGUGCCAGGGGCUGCUUGUCACCCUCUCCCCCAGGAGGGUGGGUAUGGUUGGAGGGGGGGGACCCGGGCUGCUUCCCCCUCCCCACGCCGUGCCUUGCCACGCGUCCCCUCUGCCCCCCCGCUGCCUUCGGUGGGCACCCGGUCCACGUGCCCACCCCCUCCACGUCCCACCCGGGACCCCCGGGGACCUGUGUCCGUGGGGUUUGGUCACACCGGGGCGAGAGCCCACGUCGCUGCCUGCGCCUGCCUGCCUGCCCUGCUCUGUCUCCAGGAGGAAAAAAAAAACCAACAAAACAACAAAAAAAAACAACAAAAAGAAAAAGCAAUGAAAAUUCUCUUGUAUAAAAAGUUUAAAAAAAACAAAAAACAAAAACACAUGUAAAGAGAAUCUUGGUUUUUAUCAUUAAUAAUAAAUUAAUGUUAAUUUUUA